CUUCUGCGUGUUGCUGUGGGUGGAUGCUCAGCUCCUGUUUUUGGCAAUGUGUUCCCGCCGAAGGCGUGUUCCGCAAAAGUGCUGUGCUUGCGAAUGUUUAGAACCCACCAGGUGCUUGGGUCUCAGGCAGCUCCAAAGCCAGAUCUGCAUUAGUACAGAAAAGACUUAAAAUAGAAAGAACGCUCUUAAAUCAUGUCAGCAGCAUACUUGAGUCAGUUGCAGCACAAUUUUAGACUGGCUUUAUAGGGCUUACACAGAAGGUGUUUGUGUUUAUUAUGAAUACUUUGGGUCCCCAUAGUUUUUGUUUUUAGAGGGUUUGAGCUGCUGGUAAUACUUUCCUUGCUUGAAGGAAAUAUUUACAUAAAUGCUUUUCUUAGUUCACGUCCCGAGUUCCCCAUUAGUUUUGGUAAUGCAGCUCUUUCCAUGCAUGUGAGAGAAAAUACAGACCUCACAAAGACAGCAUCUUCUAGCAUGGGUAUAUAUAGACAUUAUUAUCCCAUCCUGAAAAAAAUCUCUUAACUUUGUUUAAGAAACACUUACAUUGUAUCACUUCAAAAAACUAUUGGUCUGUAUCUUCACAAGUAGGGUUUGUUAGUGUAUUUGCACAAAUUGCAUUUCAGCAGAUAAUGGGAAAGUUCAGGUAUUUUCAGGGAAAAAAAAAAAACCAAACUGGGAAAGGGGGCACCCUUGUUUCCAGUUUCUAACAUGAGCCUGGUACAUGAAGAUCAGAACUGACAAUUUUUUUCUCUAUUCUAUACUGUAUAUAACCUGACAGUUGGAAGGAAGACUGAAGAAUACCUAAUGCAGGUUUAAUGCUAUUUUUGCCCAUUGUUACUGCAUGGGUCAUGUGUCCCUUGGAAUUUAGAGACCCUGCUUCUGUGCAGAUGUAGGAUCUUAGUCUGCAAAAGAUUAAUGUGGAGAGUUGGACUGAUUGCACACAUGACAUUUGGUUCUUCCGAAUCUAGACAGUUGGUAACUACAUUAGGUACUCGAGAGUAUAAGGAAAGUAGUGCUGUUGGAAACAAAGACACAAAAGUAGCAUGUAGUAUUUCAGAGAAGCCUGUGUUGUGUAGAAUUUGUGGCAGUAUUAACAAUAAAUGGUGCAUUUUGUGGUCCUUUCAACUUGGUGACUGAAGAUUUUGGGACUUCCGAAGAAAUGUCAUGAGGGGAAGUUUCUUUGCUCUGAGGGCUCCUGAUAAAUCUGUAUUGCAGUUGCAUGCUGAAACCAGAAUUUCUUUGAUAGAUUUGAGAUUCUCUCAAUUUUUUUUCCAUGUUAAAUGUCUGAAUGAAAGAGACAUCUGUCAGUCUUCAUAUGGCAGAUUGUCCCUUGGUUGGGAACAUAAACUGGAACAUAGGAAACUAGGUUCAAAGUUCUUUCUCAAAUAUCCCAGGUAGUCAUUAGGACCAGUUACUUCAGAAAUGGACACAAAACUUUCUGAAGCCCUGGGAAAGGUGCAUAUGGAGUGACUGACUGAGCUUCCAGUAUACUUCCAGAUUAGUUUGUCCUACAGUGCAGGUUUCAUUCCUGCUUCUAAAAGACAAGAGAGCUCAUUUCUACCGAGUUGAUUUAGUGAAAAUCAGAAGCAGGACUUUUUUGUGUAGUAAUUAGAAGAGAUGAGGAGAAAAGUCUCUUCAAAUGACAUGGGAAUUCCAUAUAAACAACUGACUGUGGGUGUCCCCAAGGAGAUAUUUGAGAAUGAGAAGAGAGUGGCUCUGUCACCAGCUGGAGUUCAAGCCUUGGUUAAGCAAGGCUUCAAUGUUGUAGUGGAAUCUGGUGCUGGAGAAGCUUCUAAAUUUUCUGAUGACCAUUACAGAGAAGUUGGAGCAAAGAUCCAGGGGACCAAGGAAGUCCUGGCUUCUGAUUUGAUUGUGAAAGUGAGAGCUCCUGUAUAUAACUCAUGUCUAGGUGUACAUGAGGCAGAUCUUUUCAAGCCAGCAGCAACCCUGAUUAGUUUUAUCUACCCAGCACAAAAUCCAGACCUCCUGAAAAAACUUGCAGAAAAAAAAGCUACUGUCUUGGCUAUGGAUCAGGUUCCACGGGUCACCAUUGCUCAGGGAUAUGAUGCACUCAGCUCCAUGGCUAACAUUGCUGGUUACAAGGCUGUGGUCCUGGCAGCAAAUCACUUCGGUCGAUUUUUCACGGGUCAAAUCACAGCUGCUGGUAAAGUUCCUCCAGCAAAGGUGCUGAUCAUUGGAGGAGGGGUUGCUGGCCUGGCUUCUGCAGGAGCAGCAAAAUCGAUGGGUGCAGUGGUUCGUGGAUUUGAUACUAGAGCUGCAGCCCUGGAGCAGUUCAAGUCUCUUGGAGCUGAGCCUUUGGAAGUAGACAUAAAGGAAUCUGGAGAGGGACAAGGUGGUUAUGCUAAAGAAAUGUCCAAAGAAUUUAUUGAAGCUGAAAUGAAACUCUUUGCCAAACAGUGCCAAGAUGUUGAUAUUAUCAUCACUACAGCACUUAUUCCAGGCAAAAAAGCUCCAAUCUUGUUUAAGAAAGAUAUGAUUGAAUCAAUGAAGGAAGGUUCAGUUGUUGUGGAUUUAGCUGCAGAAGCAGGAGGAAAUAUUGAGACUACAAAGCCUGGAGAAAUGUAUGUUCAUAAGGGUGUUACACACAUUGGGUACACAGAUCUGCCUAGCAGAAUGGCUACUCAGGCCAGUACCCUGUAUUCUAAUAAUAUUAUCAAACUUCUAAAAGCUAUUAGUCCUGACAAAGAGAACUUCUACUUUGAUCCAAAAGAUGACUUUGACUAUGGGACUCUGGAUCAUGUUAUUAGAGGAACUGUAGUAAUGAAGGAUGGCAAAGUGAUUUUCCCAGCACCUCCACCAAAUAACAUUCCUCAGGGAGCGCCAGCGAAACAGAAGACUGUAGCAGAGUUGGAAGCAGAAAAAGCAGCUACUGUUACACCUUUUAGAAAAACCAUGACUACUGCAUCUAUAUACACAGCAGGUUUAGCUGGUAUGUUAGGACUGGGCAUUGUAGCACCUAAUGCUGCUUUCACACAGAUGGUGACGACGUUUGGCCUCUCUGGGAUAGUGGGGUAUCACACAGUCUGGGGUGUGACUCCUGCUCUGCACUCCCCACUCAUGUCUGUGACUAAUGCUAUCUCAGGUCUGACUGCAGUUGGUGGGCUGGUACUGAUGGGAGGACACUAUCUCCCUCAAAACAUUUCCCAAAGCCUAGCAGUGCUUUCAGCCUUUAUAUCUUCAGUCAAUAUUGCAGGUGGCUUUUUAGUUACACAGAGAAUGCUGGAUAUGUUCAAACGUCCCACAGACCCUCCUGAGUACAACUAUUUGUACCUGCUCCCUGGUGGUGUAUUUGUAGGAGGCUAUGCAGCUGCUCUCAGUGGUGGCUAUAACAUUGAACAAGUGAUGUAUCUAGGCUCAGGACUGUGCUGUGUUGGUGCCCUGGCUGGUUUGUCUACCCAAGGAACAGCUCGUCUUGGAAAUGCUUUGGGUAUGAUUGGUGUUGCAGGAGGUUUAGCCGCAACUCUUGGAAGCCUUAAUCCCUCGCCUGAAUUGUUGGCACAGAUGUCAGGUGCAAUGGCACUUGGUGGGACCAUAGGUUUGACAAUUGCUAAACGCAUCCAGAUUACAGAUCUGCCUCAGCUAGUGGCUGCUUUCCACAGUUUGGUCGGUUUGGCUGCUGUGCUCACCUGUGUAGCAGAGUACAUGAUUGAAUAUCCUCACUUUGCCACUGAUCCUGCUGCAAACCUCACCAAGAUUGUGGCAUAUCUUGGCACAUACAUUGGUGGAGUGACAUUUAGUGGCUCUCUUGUUGCGUAUGGAAAACUGCAAGGUAUCCUGAAUUCUGCACCUCUGCUCUUGCCUGGUCGACAUGCAUUGAAUGCAGGAUUGCUGGCUGCCAGCAUUGGUGGGAUGAUACCCUACAUGAUCGAUCCUUCUUACACCACGGGAAUUACUUGCCUGGGUUCUGUGUCAGCACUCUCAGCCAUAAUGGGUGUCACUUUAACAGCAGCUAUUGGAGGUGCUGACAUGCCUGUAGUUAUUACUGUCCUGAACAGUUACUCUGGAUGGGCUCUGUGUGCUGAGGGCUUUCUCCUGAACAACAAUUUGCUGACCAUUGUUGGUGCACUCAUAGGAUCCUCUGGGGCCAUCCUCUCUUACAUCAUGUGUGUGGCUAUGAACCGUUCUCUUGCAAAUGUGAUUCUUGGGGGCUAUGGCACUGCAUCAACAGCUGGUGGGAAACCCAUGGAAAUUACUGGAACUCACACAGAAAUCAAUGUGGACAAUGCAGUUGAAAUGAUAAAAGAAGCCAAUAGUAUUAUUAUUACUCCAGGUUAUGGUUUGUGUGCAGCAAAAGCUCAGUACCCAAUAGCUGAUCUGGUGAAGAUGUUGAGAGAACAAGGGAAAAACGUCAGGUUUGGUAUUCACCCUGUGGCUGGCCGUAUGCCUGGUCAGCUGAAUGUACUGCUAGCAGAGGCUGGUGUUCCCUAUGAUAUUGUACUGGAAAUGGAUGAAAUCAAUGAAGACUUCCCAGAAACUGACUUGGUCCUUGUAAUUGGUGCAAAUGAUACAGUUAAUUCAGCAGCUCAGGAAGAUCCGAACUCUGUCAUAGCUGGAAUGCCAGUUCUUGAGGUCUGGAAGUCCAAACAGGUCAUUGUAAUGAAGAGAUCUCUGGGAGUUGGUUAUGCAGCGGUGGAUAAUCCCAUCUUCUACAAGCCCAAUACUGCCAUGUUGUUGGGAGAUGCUAAAAAGACCUGUGAUGCCCUGCAGGCCAAAGUCAGGGAAUCGUACCAAAGCUAAAUACUGAUUUAUAUUCUGCUCAUAUUUCCGACUACAGUUUUGUCACAGAGGUCACAGAAAAUGAGAGGUGGAAGAAUCUCUCAAUGUCCUAAGGCAGCUGGCUUUUGGAGAAGACUGCAUUGACUCCUAGGAGAUGUAGUUCAGUCAGGGGAUAUAGACUUUUCUAAAAAGAUGGGCAGAUUAGCCCUUCAAACUAAAUCUCCAAUGAGACAAUGCAUAAAAGAAUGAAAAUGUUCUUUUUAAGGUCAACAUUGUGCUGUUACAAGAAGGAACUAAUAACUCACACCCAUCUUUAAGUAGUUACUGACUUCCUCCUCCUUACUGUCUGUACUUCUGUCAUGGAAAUUCACUAAAAAAUACUGUGCCAAAACUGUAUUCAGUCUUAUCAUCAAAGCUGUUUUUUGGCUGGUAUGGACAAUGCAACUGUUGAUUUCAUCAAAACUUAAAAAUAAAUUUCAAACAGAUGCGAGCAGAAGCAAGUCCUUGCAUGUCCCUUCAAACUCAGGACAUUCUCUGAAAUAGAUAUGUACAUGAUGUGAGAUCUUAGCAUAAUGUUCUUUUUCUUUUGGGGAUUGUAUGGAUGCUGUGAAUCAGGAACAUUUUAGGAAAGUCACUUUUCUUUAAAAUACGGUUCCACUUUUUAUGGUGCACACAUAUGUUAAAUGAAACACAGGAUAUCAGGCACUUGCCAAGUAAUCUUCAAGUCUGACAAGGAAAUGUGCAUUUACUUGCGCUGCUUACCUAUUUUAAGCAGCUGCUAAAUUCUCCAUCAUUUCCAGUCGUUGCCUUUUUAAGUGUCUGAGAAAGACUAUGGUCCAGUUCUGCACAGGCAGAAUGUCUUGCAUACCUGAUCUGUUCACAGAAUUUGGACCACAGUGUUUCAGUUUAUUCACUUAGUUUUUAAUUGUACUUACUACUUUAGUAGUAGUGAUGCUUUCUUGUGAUGCUGAAAAAACCACGUUUGAACUCUCACUGUCUAUUCUGUUCUUGUGAGAUCCCACCUGGAUUGCUGUCUUCAGCUCUGGGGCCCCCAACACAAGAAAGAUGUUGACCUGUUGGAACAAAUCCAGAGGAGGCCACUAAGCUGAUCACAGGCUCUGAGCACCUCUGCUGUGAGCACAGGCUGAGAGAGCUGGGAUGCUCAGCAGGGAGCAGAGAAGGCAUCGGUGACACCUUGUAGCACCUUCCAGUACCUAAAAGGGGCCCCAAAGAGUGCGGGAGAAGGAUUUUUCACAUGGGCAUGUAGUGACAGGACAGAGGGGAAUGGCUUCAGACUGACAGAGGACAGGUUUAGACUAAAUGUUAAAUUCUUUGCUGUGAGAGUGGUGAGGCUCUCACAGUAAAGAAGGGUUCCCAGAGAAGCUGUGGAUGUCCCAUCCCUGGAAUUGCUCAUGACCAAGGCUGUAUGGGGCUCUGAGCAGCCUUGUCUAGUGGAAGGCUCCCUGCCCAUGGGAUUCCAAUUGCACCUGGAUGGUCUUUAAGGUCCCUUACAACCCAAGCCAUUCUAUGCUUCUAUAUUUAAGAUGCUGGAGUUCAUUAGAAUUAUUCUAAAUAAAUAAGCUAUUAUUGGGACAGCAAAGACACAUACUAAACUUAAAAGCCAGUGUUUUGAUUGUUUGACUUUUCACUAAUCUAAUUAAAAGCCUGUUUAAUUCCCAUAAGUCCAGCAAAUUUAAAUUAUGACAUAGAUUGCUGUUUUGUUUUUUUAUUUUAGUAAGUAUCCUCAACUGAAAUUCAAAUAUUUGCCUAAUAACAUGGAUUUGUCAUAGUUCCAUAAUGAUAUAGCAGCUGUCCAUGGUGAAAAGGCAAAAUAGAAAUCACUGUCUUUGUGUUAGAGAAGACAAACUAUUUUGAAGAAAGUCUUGAAAUUAAUGCAUCUUGGUUAAGAAAACAAACAUUAUUACACCAUGCAUAGAGACCUCAUAUAAAAUACAGCAUUUCUUCUUGGCUACCUCUGUUUUUAUGUGAAGAUCGCUUAAAACACAGAUUUUGAACAGGUAAUACAUUAAAAAUGUAACAAUAUACAGCAGAUCUAUCAUUUUUGCAGAUCUCUUUUCUAUGAUUUGACAUAAAAUUUUUCAUGCAAGCACUAAUAUGUUGUAUACUGCAGGAAAAGGCUUGUAAUUUAAUUUUAAUUUAAAACACUGUGACAGCUAUAUUUGAAUGUGGCAUGUAUAGCCUCUCAAUUUCAUUGCAUUCAACUUUUCCUUCAGGUCUAUAAAAAUAGGAGGGAAAUUGGAGAAGAGGGAAGACAAAAAAUUAAUUCUCCAUCUCCCUCCCAGUUAAGCAAAAUAAAAAAGGGGGAUAUGGAGGGAUUUAACAUGCUAAAGCAUUAAUUUUUGUCUUGUCAAACUUGAAGUAUCCAGCUGCAGUACACAUCAUGUGCGUUCAUAGAUAGCUAAUAAAAGAUCUAGCUUUUCUUUAAAAAAUAGCAUAUGGGGGAGGGGGAACACUUUUUCAUUUGUACUCGGAGAAAAACCCCAUUCUGUUACUUUGGAUCAGUAGUACCAUGGUUCUCUUUAACAUGUGCUUUACCAUGGAACAAUAGAUAAUUGCUGAAGUGCUAAUAAAAAGUCAGUUAUUUUU